AUGGAUUUUUUAAAUUUUUCUAAAUGUUUGUUUGAAAACAUUUAUGAAAAGAUAUGUGACUAUUCUGUGGUAAUUGAACAUGAAAAAGAAAAGAAAAGCCGCCAACUAAAGAAAUUACCAUCAAAUAACUUGAAUAAAUUAUGUUAUAAUCAAAGAAACCAACAGUUAAAUAACUAUCCCCUGAAAGACUGUAUAAAUUCAAGAUCCAAUCUUCAGGAUAAUAGAGGAUUUUUUAAAUAUAGAAAACUAAGUAAUGAAUUAAAACCUAUAGCCUUCAAGUAUAAGAACUAUCCGGAAAAAACGCAACAGCAGUCUAUUGAUGGUUGUAAUUCAAAUUUUUGGUUCAAUCUAAAUCAAAGAUUUAAUUUUAAAACUAAUUUUUUUUUGAAAAAUAAAACAGAAGUAACUUCUCCGGUUAAUAAACUCUAUAUACUAAAAAAUAAAAACGAACUUGAAAAAAAUUACUCCAAAAACCAUGUUAAUAAGGGAAAAUACGUAAUUCCUACACUUGAUCUUAAAUCCACUGAAAAAAGAAAUAGUGAGUUAUUAACAUAUAGAGAGAAUUUCUCUGUAUCAAAUAAAAAACAAUUCAUACCAAUUCUAAACAACUCUAGAGAUAAAACACCUGAAAGUAGAAGGAAACUACAGAAUGAUUGGAUUAAUUUGAACAUGCUUCUUUUAUCUGCGUGCCAUGACCGUACUAUACAAAACACUAAAGCAAAAAUUGAAAUGCUGACAUUUUAUGCUUUUGGAACUAACUUUAAAUAUAUGGAUCCCAAACUCCAUAUUAUUGAAGAAGGCAGUUUCGGAAGAGUUUAUAAAGGCAGAUAUGACAAUUGUGAUGUCGCAGUUAAAGUUCCAAACCUUUGCACAAUGAGAUCUGAUCCAUUUGGAGUUACUGAUCGAAUUUUAAGAGAAUGGAAGAUAUUGGCAAAAAUUAAUCAUCCAAAUAUCAUUGGUUUUAAAGGUGGCAUAAUACUGCCUAAUAAGCAUAUAUGGUUAAUAACCGAAUUAAUUCAAGGUUGUGAUUUGCAUUCACUUAAAUAUAAACUCAAGUACAACAUUCCCAGAGAAAAAGCUAUUAAAAUGAUUAAGCAACUAAUUGGAGCUUUAGAUUUUUUACAUACACCAAUGAAGGGAAAAGGAAUAAUUAUCCAUAGAGAUAUUAAACCAGAAAAUAUUAUAAUUGAUAAUGUUAACUGGAAUAUUUAUCUGUGUGAUUUUGGAGAUGCGGAAGAAUUUGGGUCAGGAAACAAAAGAAGGUUGUCGGGUGCAACCUGGCUUUACUCUCCAAUAGAAUUAUUAAAUGCAGAUCCAAUGGGGAAUCACAUAUCGAUACAAAGUGUUUCCCAAUAUAAUGAGAAAUGGGAUAUUUGGUCUUUGGGAUGCGUAUUACAGGAGUUCUUUGGGAGCUCAAAUCCUUUCGAAUAUAUCGUAGAUUUUACAGACAAUUCUAACCAGAUUUACUCAAAACUAGUGAAUGCGGUGAGAGAAAACAAAUAUAUUCCUAAUAUACCUACUAACAUUCACCCUCAAAUAAAAAAAAUAAUUGAAAUGUGCCUUCAACCAGACCCUCGUCUUAGACCGAGCACAAAAGUUAUAUUAAAAAUGAUAGAUAAAAUUUUUUAA